UCGUGAACGCGCACGGAGCAGGACGCGCCAGCAUGGCGACCCAAAGGGAGUGGAGCGAGAUCGGCCACAGAAAGAGCUGGAUUAACCUGAUCCUGGGGCUCCUGCAGCUGAUGCCGCCGCUGAUCCCGCGCGGAGGAGCCCAGCUCGCAGCUCUGUCAGAGAUCUCCAGUGUGGUGGAGGUGUGGCAGGCAGAAGAGGCGGAUUUCUUGGUGCCUCCUCAGGCUGUAGAGGAGAGGAGUCCUGAGAGUCUCCCCCAGGAGGAAAGCUCCUCUUUUUACGUGAGGGACAAUGGGAGACCCCUCCGAUUUCAGCCGUCCGUGCUGGACUUCGGAACACAGCCCGUCGGACUCCCGCGAGCUGAAACCAUAUACAUUCAUAACCCCAGUGCAGAGCUGCCGGUUACCCUGCAGUCCAUCUACACAACCAGCACACACUUCCACAUGCCUUCCUUCCACAGACGGGUGAUUCCACCCAGAGGGAAGACUUCUUUUAAACUGGUUUUCCUCCCGACAGAGGAGGGCAAUGUAGAAAACUCUUUAUUUAUUAACACAUCAACCCACGGGGUCAUAACAUACCAGGUGUUUGGUGUGGGAGUCAGUAGUGCUGGCUCAGUUAAAGAUGAGCAGAAGAGAGACAGUGUGUUGAUAUUUCCUCACAUUCAGAGCAUUAAGCUGACACAAACUCAGGAGGAUGCUCUAAAUAUGACCAUCCUGGGCCUGCUGCUAGACUGCACUCUCCCCAAAGCUCUCCGCACACACCCACAGAGCUCGUGUUUUGGAGCUGAGGAGGAAGGUCGUCUGUCUCUUCAGAUCAGUCUGGCUGAGAGAGGAGAGAGGCCGGCUCAUCUGGAUAAACUCAAGCCCUACGUGCUGGAGAACAUCAUGGUGCUGCUAGUCCUCCCACCACUAGGUGGAGCCACAUCAGAUCCCAGAAUAGGAGUCUACAUGCUGAACUCAGGGGUUAAACAGCUCUCCGUCAAGGAAAUUCAGAUCCUGUCGAGAACAGACAGCUCUGUAGAGAUCAGCCAGAUUCCACUCAGAGCUUCAGCCAGUAAUCUCACUCAGGUGGCCAUGCUGUCCUGCAGACGUUCUUUGUCGUCUCAAAGCAGAAAAUGCUCCAGUCAGAUCAGCAUGCAGAUGUUGGGCAACAGUACAGUCCACACAUUUCCCUGGCUGGAUACCUCACACAGAAGUUUGAACUCUGCAGCGUGGCUUCAGUUCAGACAGAAGCAGAGAGGAGUGGAUUUGUGGUUCACAAAUCCUCUACCCUUCAGCUUCAGGAUCACCAAUGUGUCCCUGACCCAGUCUGCACACACUCUCUUUAAGGUAGUGAAUGUCUCUAAGACAGUGGGCGUGGCCUCUGGCUGCUGGAAACUGCUGACGCUCCAUCUCCUCAACAGAACGCUGCCUGUCAAUCACAUCACUGCAUUAAAACUCAGCACCAGCCUGGGCUUCUCCCUGGAGCUGCCAGUUCAUACCUUCUCCACCCAAUCAAAGCGGGGGGAGGUGGUGUUUGAGGCAGGUAGUGAAUGUGAAAGGCUGUGUCCUCUCCGCCUCUCUAAACCAGGACGUUUAGAAUGGCAGCAGUCUCUCCUCCCAGAAUCCUCCUCUGCUCUCUGGAGGACCGACAGUAAUUUGGCCUCAGCGCUGUGCAGCCGCUGGCACUGCAGCAAAGAACUACACUGCAGGUGGCCCAGACUUCCUGCAGAUCCUUCUACCUCUCUAGAUUUUGGAGCUACACCCGUCAAUGAGAGCAAGAUUAAGAACUUUACUCUGAAGAACCCGACUGGUUCUGUAGUUUCUGUGGAGAUCAGAACCCUCUCUUCAUAUCCAGCCCCUCUGGAGGCCUUAGACCUGCUUACCAAAUGGUUUAACAUCAGUCCCCUCUCAGUGAACAUCACUACAACCGAGUUUUCUCUCUUUGCUGCUGAUUAUAAGUCUGCUGGGAGUUACAGAGGGGGCGGCGGGGUGCAGAGGGUGGUUCUGCAGCCGUGGGAGUCGAAAAGUGUUUCUGUGGUGUUUAAACCAUCUGAACACAAACCCGUCACCUCCAUGAUCCUCAUCAGGAAUAAUCUGACGGUGUUUGACCUGGUUCUGGUGAAGGGCUUUGGGGCGAAGGAGCUCCUGCGUGUUGGGGGGAAACUUCCGGGAGCUGGAGCUUCACUCCGCUUUAACGUCCCUCAGUCCACCCUGAUGGAAUGCAGAGACGGGUUGCGGAGUCACACUAAGCCCCUGUUCGCUAUUCAGAAGAGUUUUAAGGUGGAGAAUGCUGGAGAGCUGCCGCUAACAGUCAUGUCCAUGAACAUUAACGGCUAUAAGUGCCAGGGCUUCGGCUUCGAGGUGCUGCCAUGCAGAUCCUUCAGCGUGGACUACAACUCCUCCUCUGAGAUCACCAUCGCGUUUACUCCAGACUUCACUUCCUCGUGGGUAAUUAGAGAUCUGACUCUGAUCACAGCGCGAGGUUCUGCCUUCCCCUUCACCCUCAAUGUAACGCUACCCCACCACAUGCUGCCGCUCUGCGCCCAGGUGGUGCCCGGACCUAGCUGGGAGGAGUCUUUCUGGGUCAUCACUCUCGUCUUCACCUGCUUCUCAUUGGCCGGAGUGUGUCUCAUGGCGUUUCACCAGGCUCAGUACAUCCUGCGCGAGUUCUCCACCCCAACACCACGCAGCAACCAUAACUCCGCCCCCCGAGAGAACGGCUCAGCCAAUCACAGCUCCUCAAACAGCGCCAGUAGAGGCAAAGGCAGCUGCAAAAGCUACUCCGACACGUGCCACACCUCUGACAAAGGAAAGGGGCGGGGCUCCACGGCAGUAGCCAAUGGGACCGUUCGUUCUCAGUCUUCCUCUAAGAAAGGUUCAGGAGGCUCCUCCCAGCCUCAGAAGAAACAAACACACAAAGUCUCCUUCCUGUACAGCCGCUAUAAGAGCAGCUCGGCGUCGGCUAGCGUAGCGGCUAACACCGGCACCUUCAACCCGCCGACAGACGAGGAGCGCGAGGAGCGAGCGUUUGAGCAGGACCCGGACAUCUGCAACAACAACAACAACCACGAGGACCUCCUCCACGCCGAGAAGAAGGAGCUCUACAGCGCCCCCGUCAGGGAGGAGAAGCCCUCGCCAAACCAUAUGUUUCCCAUGGAAACACUUCCUGGAUUCCCUGAAAUCAUUGUGGCCAAUCAAGUGCCUCAGCCAAUGGAUGGAGAGAUGGAAAACAGGUGCAGCAGAAAGAGGGAUGAGGAAAAAAGGGAAAACGCAGACAUGGAGCAGAGAGAGAGUGAAAGCUCUCAGAAGAAGAGAGUUGAGAAGGACUAUGAAUUGGGAGGAUCUUCCUCCUCCUCCAGCAACAAAGCCAAGAAAAUCUUUGUCAAAAGCCGAAGAAGAACAGCAGAAACAGUGCCUGGGCUCCUUCAGAACAGCGUUGUCAUGGUGACGGAGAGCGAAAGGGAGGCUGAGGGCAGAGAUGCUCGAAACUCUGGCAAAAACCGGAACUACGCCGUUAGCAUGAGGCUGGAGAUCCCCAAAGCAGCAGCAUCAGCACCGGUGGUGGACAUCAAACAGAACGGUGUGUGUGCGGGUCGUGUGCGGAGGAAGGUUCCGGAGCGGAGGCAGUGGGAGUCCGGCUCUGACUCGGGCAGUUCCUCGGGCAGCGUUCGGGCCAGCCGGGGGUCCUGGGGCAGCUGGAGCAGCACCAGCAGUAUUGAGGGAGAAAAAGACCCCAACAGAGCUCACUGCAGCAACAGGAAACGAGAUCCCGCUCAGUACAGUGUAUAUCCAGCAGAGCGAGAGGGCUACCACCCAGCCAACUGCAGCUCCAAAACUCAGAGCAUGAAUAAUCUAUUUAUGGAGGAGAAAAGCUCAGACGCUCUGCCCCCCAGCUUUGCUGAUGUGGCUGCAGGACUAGACCGAGCCUCAGACCCCAGCAGUGCGUACGUUCAGGAAGAGAUGUGGGCUCCUCCCUCAGUUCCUCUGACCAAUGGCUUUAGGUACAGCAUGCCCGACCCCCUCAACGUAGUGUCACAAAGCUCCGCCCCCAGCCCAUUCAGCGGAAGUUUCCCCUGGAAUAACUCAGCCAGUCAGUGCAGUAACCCAUACUCCUACUGCCCUCAGAACAGCUACGUUUUACCUGGUAACGGUAAUUACCAAAAUAGCUUCUCGUGCCAAGAACUCGCGGCCCACGGCCAGCAGUCCGGCUGGAGCGAGGACGCCGUUCAAGAAGUGGCCUCAUCCUGGGACAUGACCAGCUGUGUGGGCAGCAAGCCCUUUUUCUCAGGCACUCGCAGUCUCUCGCCCAUCUCCUCCAGUCUGUUCGGCUCUAUCUGGACACCCCAGAGUGAACCCUAUCAGAGCCACUUCCAGCCCGAGCGCUCGGCCCCCGUCUCGCCACACACACCUCACACCCCACACACCCCUCACACACCUCACACAACACAUACAACCCUCAACACACCCUUCAGCCGCGAGCCAGGAGCCCCCUGCCCCACCAAACAUUACUCCAGCUUCAACCCCUUCGGCCCCCACAUGAACCUGGACAUCUGGAACUCCUCCAGCAACCGCAGCUCCAACUCCCAGCUCUCCAACGACUCGGGCUACUGUGGAGACGCCUGACCCCGCCCCCCUGCACACGCACACCCCGCGUAACCCGCGCAGGAAAACGGAAUACCAGACGAAUGUGGUUUUAUCGAUAAAGGAGAAAAAAUGUGAAUAUUCUUUUGUUCUUUUACGUUCUGUUUUUUUCCCCUCCAAAAAAAGAAACGAAAUUUGUUCGUUGUUGUGCGGUUAAGCAUUUUGUUGUAUAUUUUUCUAGAUGUUUUGCAGAUUUAACAAUAGAAAAAUUAAAAAAAAGUUUUGUACCAGAA